AUGGCCGACAACAAAGUCACCUCCGAGGGCGAGUAUCCCUCUCACAAUGAAAAGACGACGGCCAUUCAUGAAGAUCGUGAGCCGGAAUUGGCCGAUGCCGAUKGUCGUCGUCGCUCUGUUGCGAUGAACAUUGUUCACAAUCCUCUCAAGCGCGUUUCCCCCGAUCAAGCCGCCAACGAUGGCCGGAGCUUUGCCAUUACGGCGGGCAUGCCCGAACACGCCGAUCUCUUCGCCCGAGCGGCCCUCGUGGCUCGCGAUCCCGACGACUUCACCCUACCACAUCUCGAAGAUGCCGAGCGCGAUGCCCUCACGUAUGAGCGCGACCACAAAUGGCACGGCCCGAAAAUGCUGUGGUAUUCCAUUGGCCUCUGUGCCAUUGGAGCCGCCACGCAAGGUUGGGAUCAGACGGGCUCCAAUGGUGCAAACUUGGGUUUCCCCCAGGACUUUGGCAUCAAUCCCAAAGCGCCUGGCAUUUCUGCCGCCGAGGCAGACGCCAAUCGAUGGAAGGUGGGAUUGAUCAACGCCAUUAUUUUCCUGACGGCCGGUUUGAUCGGCGCAUUCAUCGUCGACCCUCUCAACCACUAUCUCGGACGUCGUGGUGAAAUCUUCCUCACAGCCCUCUGCCUCACCGCCACUCCCAUCGGCUCGGGAUUCGCUCGAACAUGGCAAGAACUCUUCGCCGCACGAUUCGUCAUGGGAAUCGGCAUUGGUGCGAAGAACGCCACGGUUCCAAUCUACUCCGCAGRAAUGGCACCCGCACGCAUUCGAGGUGCUCUGGUCAUGUUCUGGCAGUUAUGGGUCGUGGCCGGAAUCUUCCUGGGUUUCUGCGCCAAUGUCAUUGUUAAGGACGCCGGUCCCAUUACCUGGCGUCUUCAACUCGGCUCGGCCUUUAUUCCCUCGUUCAUCCUCGCAGUCGGCAUCUUCUUCUGCCCAGAAUCCCCGAGAUGGCUGAUGAAGCAUGGCAAGAUAAAGGAGGGUUUCCGCUCCAUGGAUCGUCUGCGAGCUCAUCCCAUCAUCGCCGCGAGAGACUACUACUACUCCUAUGUCAUCUAUCAGGAAGAACUCAAGGUCGCCGGUGGCUCGGGAUACUUUCAACGCAUGUGGGACUGUUUCGCCGUUCCCAGAAUCAGGCGUGCAAACUACGGUGCUUCGACGGUGAUGAUUGCGCAGCAAAUGUGUGGUAUCAACAUCAUCUCCUUCUACAGCUCCACCAUCUUCGAGGACGUCGGAUAUACCGCCACCCAAGCUCUCUACGCAUCUCUGGGAUAUGGAGCCAUCCAAGUCGUUGCCACCAUCCCCACCCUCUUCCUCAUCGACACCAAAGGACGCAGAACUUUGACUUUGGCGACGUUCCCCAUGAUGGCCAUCUUCCUCCUCGCAGCCGGUCUCUCCCUCCUCAAUACCGCAUCCCAAACCGGCCACGAAGUCGAUCGAAGCCAAGCCUCUCAAAUCGGACCCGUCGUAUUAUUCGUCUACCUCUUCACAAUCAUGUACUCUCUAGGCGAAGGUCCCGUGGCAUUCCAAUACUCGGCCGAAGUCUUCCCCACCAUUCAGCGUGAACAGGGAAUGGCUUGGGCAGUGUGCAUCAACAAUACUUUUGCCGGAAUUCUCUCCCUCACGUAUCCUGCGAUGAGUGAUGCCAUGACACCUGUUGGAGCUUUCGGAUUCUACGCCGGAUUAAACCUCAUAGCCUGGGGCAUGAUUUUCUGUUUCGUGCGCGAGACCAAACAACUCACUCUGGAAGAAUUGGAUCAAGUCUUCUCCGUCCCCACGAGGGAAUUCCUCGCCUACGAGACGAAAGUCUGGCUACCCUAUUUCAUCAAACGCCACAUUUUCCGCAAGAAUAUCGCGAAACCCCCACCGAUCAUCGCAAAAGCCGAAAAGGAGGAUUCGGAAUUUUCGAAUUGA